CAGAUGUGACGAUUGAACGUGGCUGACACUAAUUAAUCUGUAUGUUUCUGUACCUUAAUAUAUCUGUAUUGAUGUUAUAACUGUGCAAUUACGGAGAAUCUGUGAUAUGAUAUGAACUUCAUGUAUUUAUUUCAAAAUUUAUACAUUUCAAUUGUAAUCAAAACUCUAAAAAAUGGCUUUAAAAAAAGUAAAAGGAAAUAUAGAACGAAUGUUUGAUAAGAAUCUAACCGAUCUGGUUAGAGGAAUACGAAAUAAUAAAGAAAAUGAGGCCAAAUAUAUUUCGGAAUGCAUGGAAGAUAUCAAACAAGAGCUUAGACAGGAUAAUCUGUCGGUUAAAAGUAACGCAAUUGCUAAACUAACAUACUUACAAAUGUUGGGAUAUGAUAUAUCAUGGGCCGGUUUUAAUAUUAUAGAAGUUAUGAGCUCUAGUAAAUUCACUUUGAAACGAAUAGGAUAUUUAGCCGCCAGUCAGUCUUUCCACUGUGAUUCAGAGUUACUAAUGCUUACCACAAAUAUGAUAAGAAAAGAAUUGAAUUCUCAGAAUCAAUAUGAAGCGGGUCUAGCAUUAACUUCUUUGAGUUGUUAUAUUAGUACGGAUUUAGCAAGGGAUUUAUCAAACGAUAUAUUAACCUUGCUCAGUUCUACUAAACCUUAUAUAAGAAAAAAAGCAGUUUUAAUGAUGUAUAAAGUAUUUUUAAAGUAUCCAGAUGCCUUGAGACCAGCUUUUCCUAGGUUAAAGGAGAAACUUGAGGAUCCUGAUCCGGGUGUUCAAUCGGCUGCAGUUAACGUUGUAUGUGAAUUAGCAAGAAAAAAUCCUAAAAAUUAUCUCAGUCUAGCUCCGGUUUUUUUCAAACUGAUGACUACAAGUUCAAAUAAUUGGAUGUUGAUUAAAAUAAUUAAAUUGUUCGGUGCCCUUACGCCUUUAGAACCUAGGCUAGGUAAAAAAUUAAUAGAACCCCUUACAAAUCUUAUACACAGUACGUCUGCGAUGAGUUUACUUUACGAAUGUAUCAAUACCGUCAUCGCUGUUCUUAUAAGUAUUUCUUCUGGUAUGCCGAAUCAUGCUGCCAGCAUACAACUGUGCGUCCAGAAAUUGAGGAUUCUUAUCGAAGAUUCAGAUCAAAAUUUGAAAUAUUUGGGAUUAUUGGCGAUGUCGAAAAUUCUAAAAACACACCCGAAAAGUGUGCAGGCUCACAAGGAUUUGAUUUUGCAAUGUCUCGAAGAUAAAGACGAGUCUAUACGAUUGAGAGCAUUGGAUUUGUUAUACGGAAUGGUAUCUAAGAAAAACCUCAUGGAAAUAGUGAAAAAAUUGAUGGUACACAUGGAUAAAGCCGAAGGGACCGUAUACCGCGACGAAUUAUUAAGUAAAAUCAUUUUAAUUUGUUCCCAAAAUAAUUAUCAGUUUAUUACGAAUUUCGAAUGGUAUGUAACCGUUUUAGUAGAACUCGCCCAAAUGGAAUUCGGAUCUAAACAAGGUCACGUAAUCGGGGCUCAAUUAAUGGAUGUUUGUAUAAGAGUCCAAGCGAUACGAACCUUUACAGUGACAGAAAUGGCUCAAAUCAUUGACGUAUACGCGUCAACGUCGCAGUUUACCAUAAUGCAAGAAGUCUUGUAUGCAGCGGCGUGGUUAUGCGGGGAAUUUGCAGGUGAAUUAAAAGACCCCGAAGAAACUCUCCGGUCGAUGGUGAAAUAUAAGAUGCUUCCGCAACAUAUCGAAUCCGUUUUUCUACAAAACAUCCUUAAAAUUUUCACUUUUAUUGUUAAGAAAUACGAAAUUAACGAACAGUACGACGACGUCUUACGUAUUUGCGAUUUGGUUAUGGAAAAAUUAUCCGAGAGUAUUAAAUCUGGUGAAUUGGAGGUACAAGAAAGGGCCAGUACGUCGAUAAUGAUAAUAAAAAUCGUACAGGAAGAGUUUUUGGCUAGAAAAUCCAAUGGAAAUUCGAAACUUAUGGAUAACGGAGAUGGAGAAGUUGAGAAUAUUAGUUAUCCGUUAAUAGCAGAUGAACUUGGAAGUUUUUUUGAUAGCGAAUUGAAUCCAGUUGCUCCAAAAGCUCAGAAGAAGGUGCCGAUACCGGAAGGAUUAAAUUUGGACGAAUGGAUCAACGAACCGCCGACCGAAUCAGAUUCGGACAGCGAAAACGAAUUAGAGGAAAAUCUAUUCGUCAAAACGGACAAAGAAAAUAUAAGCAAAUAUCAACCGGAACCGACCAAAGAGGAAAUCAGAAAAAGUCGCGAAGCAAGAAAGUACGAACAACAAAACAACCCUCACUAUUUAAAAAGUAUCGACACCCCUGAUCGAAACGGUGACGAAAAUUUCGAAAACGUCCCCGUAGCCGAAUUAAAUCUCAAUGUACCUCUGAAAGUAAUCGGACAAAAACGAUCCGACAAAUAUCUCAAAGCCAGCAACGAUAAAUUAACCAACAAAAAGAAGAAGAAUCGAAAGAAGAAACGCAAAUCCGCCAGUUCUUCCGAUGACGAUUUGAAUCAAGGACCGGUGAUCGAAAUAAAAAGGGACAUGGAAUUACCGGAAGGGGCGACGUUAUCCGACGCUGGUAGUGAUCGAUCCGAGAAAGACGAUCCCCAUCGAGCCCUAAAUAUCGAUUUGAAUUUGCCAGAAUACGAUUACACAUCAAAAGCGGUGGUAAUCAAAGAAAAGAAAAUUAAAAAAGAGAAGAAACGAUCGAAAAAAAAAUCCGAUAAAAACGAAACGAUUUCCAAAGAUGAUGGUAACGGCGGAGAUAGAGAGAAAAAUAGGAAGAAAAAAAGCGAUAGGCGUAAAGGGAUAAAGGUGGAUAAAAGUGGCGAAGCGAAUUUAUUGGGUUUGGAUCAGGAUGUCGUCGUUAGGGAUUACGAGGAAGUUAAACAUAUUAAAAAGGAGAAGAAAAAGUCCAAAGAUGUUAAAGAAAAAGGAAGGGAAAAGAAGAAAAAAUCCAGUUCGGGUUACGAAGAAGCAUUAGGUAUAUCAACCCCUAGCAAGGAAUUCCAAUAACUUUGUUAAAUAUUUCAUAAAUUGUUAUUUUUUUCGAGUACUCUGAAUCGAUUAACAAAAAAAAUACACCGCAGGUUUUUUCAAAGUCGUGCCACUUGAUCAGAAUUUUCUUUUAAAAUUAUUUUUUUUGUUUUACUCUAAAUAAAAAGAUAAAAA